AUCGAACUAAAAUUUUAGAUAUUCUCAAAGACCUUUUGCCAACGCCAAGAAAUGUUUUGAUAGCUUCUGGCGUAAAAAAAGUUAAAGAUGAUGAAAUAGAUGAGAAUGUAUCCAAUGUAGAACGAGAUCAACAUCAAGAAGUUGAUAAGAAGGAAAUGAAAGAUCAAACCAUUAAUGUAGAGAAAAAAGAUAACGAAAAUAACGGUACUACAGAAAUUGUUAAUACCACAGAAGCAGAGCAUGCAGAAAAUAAUCUGAUCAUUGAAUAA